UGCUUCUAGUUCUUUGGUUAUUUUACCCAAGUUAAGUGAUGGAAACAUACACUAAAGAUAAAGAAGAAUCAUCCUUGGGUCUUUGGCAUUCAUAUAUGUGUGAAAGGAUCUAGGAUGUUCCAAGAAAACACAUCAGCCAGUUGCUUAAACGUAACAAUAACAUCUACUGAAGAUGGUGCUUUCCAAAAAAAAGGCCAUAGUGCAAGAAUCCUUAGCCCAGAAGAAGCUGAGAGACUGGCAAAAGAUGAGGUUUUGGUGUCUGAGUUCAAGCAACUAAAACUGGAGAGAGAGGCGCAGAAGAACUGGGAUCUAUUUUACAAAAGAAACAGCACCAACUUCUUCAAAGAUAGACAUUGGACAACCAGAGAGUUUCAAGAGUUAAAAGCAUGUCGAGAGUUUGCAGAUCAGAAACUAACCAUUCUGGAAGCAGGCUGUGGGGUUGGGAACUGCUUGUUUCCUCUCUUAGAAGAAGAUCUGAAUAUUUUUGCAUAUGCCUGUGAUUUCUCUCCUAGAGCUGUUGAAUAUGUGAAGAAAAAUGCCUUAUACAGUACUGAAAGAUGUAAAGUGUUCCAGUGUGAUCUUACCAAAGAUGAUCUUCUAGAAAAUAUACCGGCGGAUUCUGUGGAUGUUGUCACACUUAUAUUUGUGCUUUCUGCCAUUCAUCCUGACAAAAUGCAUCUUGUCUUGAAGAACAUUUACAAGGUAUUAAAACCGGGCAAGUGUGUCUUGUUCAGAGACUAUGGACUGUACGAUCAUACAAUGCUCAGGUUUAAAUCUGGCAGCAAACUUGGAGAAAACUUUUAUGUUAGACAAGAUGGAACAAGAUCGUAUUUUUUUACUGAAG